CGUAAUCAAGCAUUUGCCGAAGGUUGGCAAUAAAUAUAAGACGGUUGUUAAAAACACGCUGCCAAUCUUCUUAUUUUCCCAUCUCUCUUUAGGUCCUUUUUGUUGAACUGCAAGUUCACACCCACCGUUCCCUUGCCAGUCGUCACUCCAGUUAACAUUAGGUCAUAAUGAAGUUCGCCGCCGUCGUCGUCCUGGCUGCUGCUGCCGCCAUCGUCUCUGCUGAGACCAAUGCUGAGCGUAUGGCUCGCGGUCUCCCUCCCAAGGCCCCCCUCCGCCGCGGCCAUUCUGGUACUCCCGCUGACAGUAAGUCAUCUGCUGUUUGUUCUCCCAUCGUUCUAGUUCACUGUAAAUGUCUUUUUCUUUUCAUGUAGCGGCGAAGAGAGGUCAGCCUUCCUCAACCGGUAAUAACCAAUGCAACACUGGACCUAUUCAGUGCUGCAACACCGUCGCUGCCUGUGGUUCUCAUCAAGGCAUCGACGACCUUAUCAGUGUCCUUGGCCUUUCAGUGCCCAUUGGCACGCAGGUUGGUGCCAGCUGUUCUCCAAUCACAGCGGUCGGCACCGGCAGUGGUGCACAAUGUUCCAGCCAAACUGUUUGCUGCGAGCAAAAUGAUUGGAAUGGUCUCAUCAACAUCGGAUGCAUGCCCGUCAACAUAAACGCCUAGUUCGCCCAUCCAUCGACGUGCUUCGCACGUUCCGCUCCUUACUGUUGUUGACCUAGCCUCUUAGAGGUCAUAGACGCUUCAUACCUAAUUUUACUUUCGCGCAUGGUAUCCCUUGUUCAAUACCCUUGGUCCAUUUUUAGGUUGCCUUUGUUGGAUGUGCCCAUGCAAUGCGUUGACAUGUUGGUCACCGUCCGUAAUGCAUAAUACCUGGCACUAGUACUGGUAGAUAGCAAUCAUUGAAAGAUGCAUUGUCAUUGCACAAAGUGGGUAAACACAAUUGUGAUCAUCAUUCUUAGGAUUUCUUUUAUGUUUGGGUGUUUUUGCAUAAUUACGUGUUUUCUCGAAUUAGUUAGCUUGGUGUUGUCCG